AAAGUUAACUCAAUGAGCGAUCGGCUAGUUUGGACGCUGAGAACACUGAAAUCCUUUAGAGUUAGUUCAAAUCUAUGGCAACUGUGAAAAAACAGUUUUCGUUUAAAAGCCAGCAUGGAUCUGAGCUGGAAGCAAGCAACGACAGUUUGGGGUUCGGGCAGUUUUUUAACGACUCAGAUACGAAUUGUGACCUACAGGACCCUCAGUUAUUUGGAACAACAGCUUUCAAUAAUAGCAACGAACACAAUCAGUCACAACAGCAUUCAAAUGCUGCUUCAAGUGCAAAAAUUACCGAAGAUGACCUAGAGGUUACAAGUGAGUCGAGAGAUGUUGUGCCAGAUGAGCUGCCUUCAGAGGGCACUAAGCGCUUACAAGCAUUCAAAAGGCAACACACAUACUGGACUUCGGUCAAUGAGGCCACAUCGAUGCAUCAAAACAAUCUGGACUAUCUAGCCCUCUCAGAAAAUCGGAUCCAUUACGACUAUGGGUCCAGUGACAGUGCCUCGACAUCCAGGGAAUUAAAUCCGGUGUCUCGGUGGUCCAACCGGUUGGGUUCAAUUCCAAGAAAGGUCAAGGGAUCUCUGUUGCACAAAUCGUAUUCUGUUAGAGAACAUCCCGAUGUCAGAGAACGGAGAACUCAGAACCAAACUCUACUUAGAAGAUGCGAUUCGCUGACGACAAGAACGAAAGAGCGACCUCGAUCAGGAAUCAGUAUAGACCAAUUGUUUGAGGGUACAAAACGAGCUACUCCCGAGUACAGAGUAACAACAGACGACGAUGACAACAGAAGUGUUCACACUCUAGACCCGAACGACCCCAGCGAGCAAAUUGUGAACGAAGUGUCGACCGAAGACACCGAGAUGCCAUUGUUUCCGACUUACAAGGGGAUCUUCUCUCGGGACUUGAGGAAGCGUGCGACUGUUUUCGGCACUGAGGCUCCGGAGGUGACCGAGGUGUCAUUCAGUUUCGAUAGUGACUUGAGGUAUAUCAGGCCCCAUACAAAGGAGUUCAAAGACAGAGUGUCCCGCAUCAUGGUUGGCAUUGUCCUUCGACAUGGAGAUACGAUCUGGAAAGUGAAUAAAAGCUACUCCGAAGUAACCAGUCUUCACAGGAGUCUACUGGCUGCAAGGGCUAAGUCUAAAGUGAAGCAGCUAGCCCACAGGGCCACAGAUACCAGCAGAUCUUUUCCAGAAUUACCCAACAUCAACAGACUCACUUACGGAGGACCCGGAGAUUCUAAUUCUUCUAACUUCGGAAAUGAACUCAGAAAGUUUCAAGACGAACUUUGGCUCUACUUAAAACAACUUAUCGCGUUCCACUCAAACGAGACAGCGACCUUCAGGUUUCUGCAGUGCUCCUUCUUUUCCUUCAUUAAAGAUAUUGGCCCGAAACAGAUCGAAACGACAGUCAAAGGCAGAAAAACAAGACACGAGAAAAUGUUCUGCCGACGUACGUUCAAGCUAUCCGGGUGGCUCCUUCUGAAAGAUUCGUGCCUAAUUCACGCCGUGGGUGCCCGAGUAAUUGACGUACUUCUUGUAGAUCGGGCUUUUGAAAUAGAGAAACUAGCCAGCAAUCGGCUCCGAGUCAGAAACAUGAACAAAAUAUCCGACUAUCAGGUGUACAACAAACAAGUCGAACCGUGGUACGAAUCGCUUAUACGACUCAAAAACACAUGUGAAUACGCCAACAUUGAACAUUUGCCAAACAGUUCUUUCGCCCCCGAACGACCAAAUAGUCGUUGCAUGUUUUUCAUCGAUGGCUUUAAAUACUUCCAGUCCUUAUAUCAUGCACUAAUGAGCGCACGGGAGGAAAUUUUUAUCACAGAUUGGUGGCUCACGCCUCAGUAUUAUCUUAUAAGGAAGUAUGACCGGAACAACGUUCACAAAUUAGAUCCCAAGUAUAGACUUGACAAUGUUUUGGCCACUAAAGCGAAAGAGGGGGUUCGUAUUUAUAUCCUUCUAUACAAGGAAAUUAAAUGGGCAGUCGGAUUGCAGAGUAAACAUGCGAAGAAGGUGCUGACGUCAAUGCACCCGAAUAUCAAGGUCAUGCGCCAUCCUUAUAUUGGAACCCAUAUAUUAUGGGCACAUCAUGAGAAGCUGGUGAUUGUGGAUCAGCUGGUAGCUUAUGUCGGGGGAAUUGACAUCUGUUUUGGAAGAUGGGAUGACAUGAUGCACCGACUUACAGAUACAGGCGGAUCAGAUGCGACUCCCAUUGAUCACAAUGCUUCGAAGACAGUCCGCAUGCGCGCCAGUCACUUAUUCAUGCGGCUCCCUCGUGACUCAUUCGCCGAGAUGCGACACAAUCUUACGACUAAAGCUCGCAGCAUGUCGCGCCGGAAGAUACCAAAAUUUCAUAGAAAGAACAAGUACCGAAACCUCAAGCCAUCAAAAGAGGAAAUAAUAGAAGACAUCAUGCAAGAAAAUCAGCCUCUGUUACCGCGAAACGAAAAUAGCAGUAGGUCAGUUGCGAGCCGACUUGUGAAUAACCGCCAACCACACGUUAUUGAACCGCAAGAUAGCCAAGAUUCAACUGACGGAGUUGAUUCAGAUUACCCGGAGCCCGAGAUAAGCGAGCAGCCAGACCAGUACUUAUGGGUCGGGCAAGAUUAUGUAAACAUCAUUAAGAAAGACCACACCGAUGUUAGUCAGCCUUUCGACAUGGUCAUUGACCGCAAAACGACUCCCAGAAUGCCAUGGCAUGAUGUUUCAAGCGUUGUAUAUGGAACAUGUGCGCGAGAUGUUGCGAGACACUUCAUACAACGCUGGAACAUGAUUCGCACUGUUUACAAAAGUAAAAAGUUUGGUCUAUACCGUGUGAAAAACUCAUAUCCAUUGUUGAUUCCAAAGAGCACGGCGAAUGUUACUCUUCAAUCGUUAAAACGUCUACACGUUGAGAAAGAUGCCUUCCAAGCGACAUGUCAAGUCGUGCGUUCAAUAGGGUCCUGGUCGGGAGGUUUCUCCGAGAACAUUCGAGAACGAUCAAUUUACGAAGCAUACAUAAACGCAAUAGAUUCCGCUGAGCAUUUUAUUUUCAUAGAGAAUCAAUUUCUUGUAUCUUCAACAUCUUAUGGAGGUAUAACACUUUUCAACCAAGUUGUCUCAAAAAUAGAAGCAAAAAUUGUGCAAGCUUUCAACAAUGCAGCUAAACCAAAGUUUAGAGUCUUUAUUAUUUUGCCGUUGGUGCCGGGUUUCCCGGGCCAAAUUGGGCAAACUGGGGGAGCAGUGCCUCAGAAGAUCCAGAACUGGAUGUACAGAACCCUAUGUCAAGGAGAGGACAGUCUGUUUGGCAGACUUGCAGCAAAAAGAGUGCCUGUUCACGACUACCUGUCGGUGUGUGGACUGCGGACCCACAGUACUCUGAACGACAAGCUAGUGACAGAGAUAAUCUUCGUGCAUGACAAGAUCAUGAUAGUGGAUGACAGGGUGGCGAUCAUAGGCAGUGCCAACAUCAACGACAGGAGUCUCAUGGGGGACAGGGACAGCGAGGUGGCACUGGUGUUCCGAGACGAGGAGUUCAUAGAGUCUCAGAUGGAUGGCAAGCCAUACGCAGCCGGAAAGUUCUGCUGGGGCCUGCGUCAGAAGCUAUUCCGUGAACACCUCAUGCCCAUAGAUGACACUGUCUACAAUGACCCAGUUUGUGACCACUUCUUCAAACAGACUUGGUACUCCAGGGCGGCCAAAAACACCAAGGCUUACGAGGACAUAUUCAACGCUGUACCAUCUAACAAUAUACUCUCUUUCGCGGGGUUGAGAGAAUACUUCAGACGACCGAAGCUUGCCGACACCGACAGAGAAAACUCUACGUUGCGUCUGGCCAAAGAAGUGAAAGGCUACUUGGUCUUAUUUCCCACACUCUUCCUCAGCCUUGAAGACAUAGGCGAUCUGAAUGUCAAUAUCGAAGCAUUUGCUCCCGAAAGACUGUGGUGCUAAAAUUAGAUUGAAAUUUCAUUUGAAUUCGUAUAUAUGAUUUUAACAAUCACACUUUUUGUCCAGCCAACUGAAAUGAAGUUGAGUUUUUAGAGU